AUGGCUAACUUUCCUUGCAGUUUCUUGGACUCCGAGCAGCGUAUCAUUGCCAGCAAGGUUAUCAAGCGCUUCAUUCUCCACGCGAAGAAGACCGCAUUCAUCAUCGAGCACGACUUCAUCAUGGCUACUUAUCUCGCGGACCGUGUCAUCGUGUUCGGGGGCCAGCCUGCUGUCGCUGCCACCGCUACUCCCCCGCAAUCCCUGCUUACGGGUAUGAACAAGUUCCUCGCAUCGCUCGAGAUCACGUUCCGUCGCGACCCGACGAACUAUCGCCCGCGUGUGAACAAGAAGCACAGUGUGAAGGACCGCGAGCAGAAGAGUACGUCCUCUUCUCGGCCGUCAGAAGCUACAGUGAUCUGA